AAAAUUCAUAUUAUUUUCAAAAAAAUAUUUAAGAUUUUUAGAUGGACGUUUGUCGCUUAAUAAAAUGAUAGAAAAUAGUAUUUUUUAAAAUUUGAAAUUGAAAUUUUGAAGCUGAAUUCCUAUCUUAGACUAUAUGGCAGCAUCGGAUUUUCUAAUCUCCAGAGGUACUAGUAUUUUUAUUUCAGGUCACGAAGUAAACAGACCCAUCACUUUAAGAAUAAAGAUUGAGGAGUUGAAUUCGAUGAGUUAUAGACAGAUCGAAAAGCUGGCGAAGGAAAAGCCCAACAUCACUCGUCGUGACCGUGUGUCCGAGGAAAUUCUUAUUGAGGUUCAACACUCCCAGAAUCUCCAUUCAGACAGUCAUUUCAUAUCAACUGAUGAGACAACAGAUGAUUCUACUAUGGAAUCAGAAGUUGUACAAGAACCAACUGUCUCAAAAUGUGGCAGGAAAUGUGGAAACCAAAAUUCAAAAGAAGAGCAAAAGGCAUUGCCUGUUAGCAAGAAAGCAAAAGAGUCUGCUGACCACGCUUUAAACUCAACAUUUUCAGUUGACGAGCAAAUGUUCCAGCAGCAGCAGAAUCAACUGCUAGAGAAAAAACAACAGCAGCAACAACAACUGCAGGAGCAGCAGCAACAACAACAACUGCAGGAGCAACAAUUGCGAAAGCAGGAGAUACUACUGCAGCUAAAGCAAUUGAGAGAGGAGUUGCAACAACUGCAGCAGGAGAAGCAGCAAAUCCAACAGAGAAUGGAGGAGCUGCAACAACAGCAACAACAACUGCAGGAAGAACAACAGCAGCUGGAGCAGCUACGCCAACAACUGCAGCUUUCAAUUCAAGCAUUGAGAAAAAUGAAAUAUAAAAAAUGUCACAAAUUGGAAAAAUUUGGGCGUAAUGCUUAAAUGUGUCGACUGAAAAAAUUAGUUCAAAUCCCCGUUCAACAAUACCUCCGCCAGGCAAAGUAUUUUUUUGGAAGUUGAAAUGGGAUAACCUAAAAAAGUCUCUCUGUUCUCUUUGUCAAGUGGGAAAUAAUUUUCUUAAAUUGCUAAUGUCUUCAUUUUUCAAUGGCCUAUGCCCGUUCAAAAAUCCUUACAACCACUUUCUGUUAAUAUGUUUUCACGUACCAUUUACCUCGAGUCACUCAAUGGAAGAACUUCGUCAGGCAAAUUGCCGGAAGUUGAUAAGGAAUAACCUAGAAAGAGCCUGUCUGUGAUUUGUAUCUUACGUGUACCAAAUUGUUGAACAAAGAAAUUUCGAAUCUGUUUUUGUCCGAA